AUGAACAAAAACUACCUGUUCCUCAUAUGCAAUGGGCUGCUGGUUUUUCUGGCAAAAACCUCCGGUUCCGACGUUGGUUCGCUCCCGGACUUUGGUCUCGACGACAUGUCGCAGAAGAGCAGUGGCGACGGUUCCCAAAUGGCAUCUGAUUCAGAAGCGACGGUUUUGGAGACGGACAUGGCGGCGGAUGAGACUAAAGAAUCGGAACAGUAUGAAGAGGAGAAUGAUGAAGCCGGAGAUCAGUCUGCAUAUUGCUCGGCGGCAGCAGAAGUUUCAGUUUUAGUGACGGAUGAUAGCGAGCAAGAUGAACAAAUUGAUGGAAGUGAAGCUACGGAUUGCGGGCUUCUUCACAGUGACAAAGACCUUUACGACAACGACCACGAAGAAGAGAUAGAGAAGUUGAGCAUGGAAGAACUGAACCAGAAAUUUGAAGAUUUCAUAAGGAAGAUGAAGGAGGAGAUGAGGAUUACUGAAGCUAGACAACAACUGGUUUUGGUCAACUAA